UGAAAAAAGAUAAAGGAAAGAAUAUUUCUUACUCGAGGGGGAACGACAAAAAAAGAAAACAUAUCUAGUAUAGAAUGCGUGAAAGAACGCGAUUCCGCCCAGUGACUUCCUUCACAUUCUUAGCUUUAUUUCUCGCGGUUGGACUUGCGGAUGGAUUGAGAGAUGAUUUGCCACAAACUUAUGAAGCCGAGGUAGACAAUCUUGCCGCCUUGGAAAGAAAUCAGAGAUCUUUCCGUUAUGACGUAUAUGGCCCGGGAAGAAGGUCAAGCCACCAGAAUGACGACAGCAACCUUUGCAUUCCAAUGUGCGCCAACAGCGGAACCUGCGUUAACAGAACGUGCAUCUGUUCCGUUGGGUGGCGGGGAAGAAGUUGCAGAGAGGAGGUCUGCUCGCCUGGGUGCUUGAACGGUGGUACCUGUGAAAAUGGAAAGUGCAAAUGCCCUUCAGGCUGGGAAGGAGACCGCUGUCAAAAUAUUGCGUGUACGAAAGACUGUGCGAAUGGGGCAGCAUGUGUGAACGAUACCUGUGUUUGUAUUAAUGGCUGGGCCGGAGAAACUUGCACCAAAGAUUAUUGUCUCGAUUAA